AUGACGGGAAUCUGCAGAACAGUAAACAGAAUGAGACCCUUUUGGUCAUUUGGCUCACUCACACCAUUCCAUGUAUGGUAUCUGCUCAGUACACUUGAAAAAGCCUUCACAAGGCAAAGAUCAAAAUCACUGGGUGGUCCAAACAUGUACGAAGAAAGUAGUGCUUUGAUCCGAAUGGGAUGGUGGCAGAAGACUGUUUUUCCCAGAUGGUUUCAAAAUCAGAGGCAGUUAUCACAUCCCCCAGCUCUGAGAAAUGAUUUGCCUUGGAGGAGGGGGUGUCAUAGAAGGCAGUGGAAUUGCCUACCCAAGAUUUUGGAAUGGGGUGGGGAGUUCACUCAAGAUGUGGGGAAAAAGAGAGGGGGGAAAAGGACCAAGCAGGUUUACCCAGUACCCCUAGUGAGGACAAAGGAGAGGGAUUUGAGUAGUAAAUUUGAUGCUUUGAAAGAACUCAUCCCAAACCCCUCCAAGGAAAGAGAUAUAGCAUCUGUGGUGGGAGAUGCUAUUAACUAUAUCAGAGCGAAGAGGACAGUGGACGAGUUAAAACUAUUGGUGGAGAAAGAAAAGGCAAGAGAAGCAAAGGGUAGUAGUGAUGAUGAGCACAAGGUUGAAACUGAGGGCAAGAUGGUUCCAACCGACCCAGAUGAUGGUUCCUACAAUGAAAGCUUAAGAAGUUCUUGGAUACAAAGGAAAUCCAAAGACACAGAGGUUGAUGUGCGCAUUGUUGACAACGAGGUGACAAUCAAGCUUGUUCAGAGGAAGAAGAUAGAUUGCUUGGUGCAUGUCUCACAGGUUCUUGAUCAGCUCAACCUCGAUCUCCAACAUGUUGCUGGUGGCCACAUUGGCGAUUUCUGCAGCUAUCUGUUCAAUACCAAGAUGUGUGACGGUUCUUGUGUUUAUGCAAGUGCCAUAGCCAACAAGCUCAUUCAGGUCAUGGACACGAGUUUGGCAGCAGUUUCUUCAUGAUCUUGGCAUCAUUCAGGAACAAUAAUGAGUGUUAUGUUUCUAAC